GCGUCCGCAGAGCCCGUGGAGAGCUGCGGGUUGUUGUCCCGCUGAGAGGAGGAGGAGGAGGAGGAGGAGGAGAGAGGGACGACAGCAUGGCAGAGCUCCGCUGCCGGCCGGCCCGUUCCAUCCCGGGAUAGAAACCCCGCGACGUCCAUGUCCGCCGGAGCCGGAGCCGCCUGGUCGAGUCGGGGCUGCGGGGAAUCGAACCGCCGAGAACCAGGGAAACAUAAACACAGGAAAUGCGAGCGGCCCCUUAGUGCUCAGCCGUCGAGGCCUGUGAUUGUUCGCCCGGGCUCCAAAAGGUGUGUUAUGUCGGGGGCAGAUGUGGAGGUGUACCUGUCCCAGGUGCAUGAUGGGAGUGUGUCGUCGGGCUUCCGGGCGCUGUACGAGGAGCGUCUGCUGCUGGACGUCACACUGCUGAUCGAGGAGCACCACUUCCAGGCCCACAAGGCGCUUCUGGCCACCCAGAGCGACUACUUCCGGGUCAUGUUCACAGCAGACAUGAGGGAGAGGGACCAGGACAAGAUCCACAUGAAGGGGCUGACGGCCGCUGGGUUCGGCCACAUUCUCCGGUUCAUGUACUACGGCUCGCUGGAGCUCAGCAUGCCCACCGUCCAAGAGAUCCUACAGGCGGCCAUGUACGUCCAGCUGACGGAGGCGGUGGAGUUCUGCUGCUCCUUCCUGCUGGCCAAGAUCUGCCUGGAGAACUGUGCCGAGGUCAUGCGCCUCCUGGAGGACUUCAGCGUGGGCGUGGAGGGCGUCCAGGAGCAGCUCGACAACUUCCUACUCGACAACUUCGUCCCCCUCAUGAGCCGGCCCGACUUCCUGUCCUACCUCAGCCUGGAGAGACUGCAGGCGUACCUGAACAGCGACGCUCUGAGUCGCUUCCCUGAAAUCGAGCUGUAUGAAGCUGUCCAGUCGUGGCUGCGACACGACCGGCGGCGCUGGAGGCACACGGACACCAUCGUUCAGUCCAUCCGCUUCUGCCUCAUGACCCCCGCCAACAUCUUUGAGAAGGUGAAGACGUCGGAGUUUUACCGGUACUCCAGACAGCUGAGGCAGGAGGUGGAUCAGGCGCUCAGCUACUUCCACGACGUCAACCAGCAGCCUCUGGUGGAGACGCGCUCCAACCGCAUCCGCUCCGUCCGCCCGCAGACCGCCGUCUUCAGGGGGAUGAUCGGUCACAGCAUGGUCAACAGCAAGAUCCUUCUGCUGCAGCGCCCGAAGGUGUGGUGGGAGCUGGAGGGGCCUCAGGUGCCGCUGCGACCGGACUGCCUGGCAAUCGUCAACAACUUUGCCUUCCUGUUGGGCGGCGAGGAGCUGGGGCCCGACGGGGAGUUUCACGCCUCCUCCAAAGUCUACCGCUAUGACCCUCGACAGAACUCCUGGCUACGCAUGGCCGACAUGUCCGUGCCCAGGUCAGAGUUCGCUGUCGGCGUCAUCGGCAAGUUCAUCUACGCCGUAGCGGGCCGCACGCGGGACGAGACCUUCUACUCCACGGAGCGCUAUGACAUCACGGAGGACCGCUGGGAGUUCGUGGACCCGUAUCCCGUAAACAAGUACGGCCACGAGGGGACGGUCCUCAGCGGGAAACUUUACAUCACCGGAGGCAUCACCUCCUCCUCCACCUCCAAACAGGUGUGCGUGUUCGACCCGGGGCGGGAGGCCGGAGGAGGAGGCGGCGGCGGAGGAGGAGGAGGUGGCGGAGGAGGUGGUGGAGGCGGCAGCUCAGGCGGGUCGGACGCCCACAGGACACGCGCCGGCCGCGGCGCCGUGCUGCCCGGCACCCACGCCAGCUGCUGGGAGAACAAAUCCAAAAUGAACUACGCCCGCUGCUUCCACAAGAUGAUCUCCCACAACGGGAAGCUGUACGUGUUCGGAGGCGUGUGCGUGAUCCUGCGGGCGUCCUUCGAGUCGCAGGGCUGCCCGUCCACCGAGGUGUACGACCCGGACACGGACGAGUGGACCAUCCUCGCCUCCAUGCCCAUCGGGCGCAGCGGUCACGGGGUGGCGGUGUUGGACAGGCAGAUCAUGGUGCUGGGCGGCCUGUGUUACAACGGCCACUACAGUGACUCCAUCCUCACCUUUGACCCCGACGAGAACAAGUGGAAGGAGGACGAGUAUCCCAGGAUGCCUUGCAAACUGGACGGUCUGCAGGUGUGCAGCCUGCACUUCCCAGAGUACGUGUUGGAGCACGUCAGACGCUGCAGCUGAGGUCUGCUCCACAACGAGCCGCCUUUUCUUUUUUUUUUUUAUAGAAAUGGGAAUGCGCCGUUCAAGGACUGAAGUCUCUCCCGCUGGGAGAUCAGGUGUCUCUCCGGCGGGGAGACUCUUCUGAUGUGCAGGCUUUUUAAAAAAGUAGAGACCAGCACUUACCUUCAGGUGAGGAAACACAUGGCCCCGUGUCAUACUUACUGCUGUUCUUUAACGAAGCCAAUCAAAGCGUGACGUGGUGAAGACGUCACAGACGUUAGCUUGAACAUUUUCAGAGUUAGCUUUCUCAGAAAACUUUAAGGAGAAAAAAAUGAUUUGUGGGGAGGAGAAAAAAAAAAAGGUUCAAUUCUGCUGGUUUAUGUUAUGACGAUGGUCAGAUUUCCUAUUCUACUACUCACAUACUGUAUUUAGGCUGUCCAGUCAAGCUUAUCGCAGAAACGCACUGGAAGCGACGGAUUCACACAUUAAUAAAGGGAGCUUUUUAAUAUUUAUUAUUCCAUCGGUCAAACACACUGCACACGUUGAUCUAUUUAAAGACAAACAAACAUCCUGUAUAUUGUCAAUCAAGUUGCUCUUAUUGAGAAAUAGAUUAGUGAAGCCGAGGCUAUUUCAAACAAUCAAAAAACGCCCCAUAAUAUAUAAUACAGCAAGUAUACGAUCAGGUAUAUAAACAAGUUUUUAACACUAUAUUCUGUAGUGUAGCUACUUCUACAGUAAGUAUCCACAUACAUAAAGUGGACUGUAGAAGUGACACAGAUACUCUGACCACGUUGUUACAGAUGCUGCUUCAAAAAGUCACAGAUUUGCUUCCAGUGCGUUCCGGCUUUUAGUCCUAAUUCUGCUCUUUACUCCCAGAUAUCCACCAUACUGUGCUCAUGUUCAUAUAACAUCACCGUGUCUAUUUGUGUGUGUGUGCGUGUGUGUGAGAGAGAGAGAGUGAAAGCUGAAUGCAAGACUGAGAGGGAAAAAAACAACAUAACACACGGUACACGAGGGCAUUCAUUCAUUCAUUCAUGCAGCGAUGACGUCAUGAUGGUGGUGACAGGUACUUUUAUUUUGGAGAAAACACGCACAGGAAGGAAACGUCUUUCUCUCAGAGCAGCUCUGAAUCCGUCUGGUUACUGGCAGCGCUUCAACUACGCUCAUCUACAUUCCCUGCACUUUAUUUUUAUUAUUAUUAUUAUUAUUAUUAUUAUUAUUAUUAUUAUGGGUUCAUGUUGUGGCUUUAAAUGCACAGUUUUACCAGCACUUCAAAAGCAGCUGCAGUAUUACAACAUGCCGUGACGUCACACACACUCAGCAGUGUCUGAAAUUAACCUUCUGGCUUCACGAGGCCACCAUGAAAUGAGCAGCUAGUUCAAAUAUUUAAGAAACGUUGGGCUUCGUGCAGGAACGUUUUCCUAUUCUCGUCUUAAACUUUCCUACGAGUCGGUUUGUAUUAAACUCUUAUCUGGACAAACUAGUGGUAACAUUUCAGCUUGUUGUCAUAGAGCUUCAUUCACAAAAAAAGUUACCAAAGAUUUCAAAGAUAACAUUCACACUGCUGAGCUUCAAGUCCUGCUGUUGGAAAUUGGCAAACAAAUACAGCUUUGUCAGUGAAAUGUGAAUUAAAGGGAUAAUUCACAACCUUUUUGGUAAAUGAUGAAAAGAACUCCACAAGAUUGAAGACGCACUUCAUGGACGGGUACCUGCAAUAAAUCAGCUGCUGUAAGAACUACUGAAAUAUAUAAAGUUUUAAGUAAAGAAACCUCUCAGUACAUAAGCAGACAUGAUAAUGAUUCACUGAACAGAAUAUCUAUUUUUCAUUAAGUAUGUUAUUUUGUUCAUUUAAUAGUUUCAGAUAACAACUUCAGACAGUUUGUACUCGACUCGUACGACAAGUUUAGACCACUUCUGAUAUUCCUUUUUUAAUAAAACAAAAGGGAAGUAAAGCUUUGUGAAUGCCACAUGUUUUCUUAAAUCACUCGUAAGCUCAAAUCCUUUCGAUUGACCGGUUCUUGCAUGAGGCCCUUUGUUUAUAUCCUCGAAAUUGGUCAAAACUAAGUUCAGUGUAUUUUAAUUUAAAGCUCUUAUACGACCAGUAGAGCUCCACAAAAAAAAGACCAGCCAGUGUUUCCGAUGAUUUUUACCGGUAUGUAAACCAAAGCUGAAUUUGUACCAGUUUUUCUGUCAGCUGUGUUAAUUUCAGACAUUGAAACUUCACCCUGAAAGUUUUCUGCUGAUCUGGCGUCCUGUGAAGCUGAAGCAGCCCAGCGAUCCUCCUCCGUUACCAGCCACGACGUCUCCAGAUAUUUAUUUUUUAUUUUUUUAUUUCAUGAGCCAACUGUGAAAAAGGGCUAGAGCACAUACUGAUGCAGUUGUGUCCGUCAGCCGUGUGUCUUUAAGUUGUUAAGUUAUUAAGUAUUGCUUUCUCCGAGCUAUGCAGUAACAGUCGUAGGGUUUAUUUAUUACGAGACGUUUCGUGGUGAAUCGUCUCGUUUUCAAGUUGUACUUCUUUUUCCUAGUUUCCUCUGCAUGUGGAUGAUGAAUGGAUGCUUUGAUCUUUCUUUCAGUGUAAGAAGGGUUAAUACGAUCUGCAAGCCUACAGUGGAGCUAUUUUAAAAUGUAGAUGGUUCCUAACAGAUGAUGAACAGGUCAAAAAAUAUCCAGAAACUUCACAUUUUCCUGUUUAUAAACUCACAAAAGAUGUUUUUUAAUUCUUCAAUACAAAUAUUUUUGUGGGGAAUGCUUUUAACAGAUCUGACAUGAAAACAUCUUUUAAUUCCUGUUUAUUUAUUUAUUUUAUUUAUCAGCGACGUCCCUGCUGUCCACACACACAAACCUCUGAGCUCUACAGCGUUCACAUGUGAUGCCACUGCGGUUUACGGGAAAUCUUUAAAGCUUUGUGGCUCUGGUAGACAUCUUAGAUUGUGAACAUGUCGCAUGUUAACGCCUCCUCAGCUGGAAGAAAUGUGUGUUUCACUGUGGACUUCAAAAUGCAUUUUGUUUUUAAAGGGGGAAAAUGUUUGACAGCAAGAAAUGUUUUCAGGAAAUUCAUUAGAGCUGCAAUUAAUAAUUAUAAUCUUUAUUAAAAAAUAGUGAAAAAUAUUCCCAAAGCCAGAAGUGACGUCUUAAAAUGUCUUAUUUUGUUUGACCAACAGUCGAAAACUCAAUUGUUUGCAAAUGACAAAAAAAAAAGAAAAGCAGUAAGUCAUCAGAUUUGAGAAGCUGGAACCAACAAAUGCUUGCUUUUGUUUUUGCUUGAAAGAUGGCUAAAAGGAUUAUUAGAUUAUCAGAAAAUGUCUUUAAAAAGGAAUCAUCAUUGCAGCCAUCGCUCUGUAGGGAGCUGUUGUUAAACAAACGAUCAAAAACCUGGUAAACAAGCUAAAUGACAACAAGGAACAAUAAAUUGCUCUCUGUAUUUUCUUCACUGAACGUUUUCCUGCUAUCAAACAUUUUCAGGUUCAACAGAUUUCAUACCUCCAAACUAUUCUCUCCGUUGUCUAAUAUUCCCGUUUUCUGCACUUCUCUUCCUGGUGAACACCCACAGAAGUGUCACAUUCACACAGCAAAGAUCGCUCUGGUUUUGGAGAAACAUUCCCUUAACGUCUCUGUUGUGUCGCUGAUAUCAUGAACAUCUCAUCUGCCUCUCUGCUGUCCUCUCGCUGCUGCUCCUCUUCCUCUCAUGUUGCUGUUAAAAGAAGAAAACGUGUAACCAAUAAAGUACUACUGUCCUGA